UGUUAUUCAAUAGGAGAAGAGUAUAUUACAACAAGACAUUUUAAAACGCGAAAAACGAGUUGCAAAGGGCAGAAGAGCAAAAAAUAUUGGACAUCAUAAAAUAGCAAAUAUGAAAAAAUCUAAUAAUAAUACUAGGGGUCGUGGUAGAGGUGGAGUUCAGCAUGUAUUGCCAUCUAAUAUAUUUACAACUCAAUCUUCAAAUUCAAAUACUUCUGUUUUUAAUGAAUCACAACAUUCUUUUAGUAUGCCUUCUAAUCCCAAUAAUUCUUUUGACCAAAAUAUUAAUUACUUGAACAACAAUUUACAAAAUAUACAUCUAAAUUCUAGUGUUCUCUCGCAAUCUAAUCCUAAUGCAGAAAUUCAGAAUCUUCCUAAUAUACAAGCUAUUCAUUCUCUUCCAGACCCAAUUCAAAAUCCCCGCCCAACCAAACGUACCAAAAGAACAACCCAUACACAAGAAUUAUCAUUUUUAGAACCAUUAGUGAAUGAUACAAGCGAAGAAAAUAUUAAUAAUGCUAUUCAACAAUUGAAUAAUUGGAAUAUAGCAAAUAAUCAAACUGAAAAUAUGUGGGAUAGACAACGCGUAAUAAAAUGGGUACAAACACGAACCCGUUAUUAUAGGUUGACAAGAGAGAAACGAGAACGAAAUAAUUAAGUCUAAAAAUAAAUUAUUAGUAUCAAUAUAUUGUAUUAAUAUAGAAACAUUGUAAUAUUUACCGUUAUUAAUAAAGAAUUUUAUAUUAUCAGCCAUCUUUCAACAAUAUACAUAUAAACUUCUGACCAAAUUUUACAAUAAUGCACCUAUAUUAACGGUUGACAUUUCGUAUAAAAAACUUUGCGAAAGAACUUAUAUUGGCAGAAGGAUCUCAGUUUAAAGGUCAAAAAGUCAUAGAAAAGCCUUAUAUAUUGAAAUAUUUAAGGGAGUGAGGUAUUUUAAUGAAUUUAGUGCCAUUUGAAAGUUCAUACGUAUUACUUACUGUAUAAUGUAUUUCAAAAAAAGUUAUAUUUUGUUAAAGUCGUUGUCCUGUUCGAACCAAA